CGUCAAAGUAUCCUCGAACUACGUAUCAAAUCACCAUCACCGCCUAGCUAUACACACAAGGAUUGUGCAUCAUAGCCCGAAGCUUUACGAUGUUUGAAAGGGGAGAGGCACUGUGAGCGACAUCUCGAAGGGCACACACCUCACAGCUGUCGAUCGUUGGACGCGUUUACCUCGUUGCGCACUGAUGGGCAGACCGUCCAAGUUUGGCAUCAGGAGACACCUUCGAAGCUCCAUUCUCAGCCCCGUAUAAGUAUACGUUUCGAGAAAGAAUAGAAACAGCGCGCUCCUCCAAGAUGGUCGUCUUCCGGUGGGAGCAUUCCGAAGAGAUUGAGGUGCAAUUCGACAAGGUGAUACAAUUCUUGCACGAUCCCCCUACCAUGCUCAACACGGCCUCCCACAUGGUGGAAGUAAGGCAGGAUCCGAACGACGCCUCUCUGUACCACAUCACCGAGCGACUGAAUGCGUUUUCAACAGUCAAAUUCAGCGCUCACUUCGAGUACAGGGAUGACGGCAUGACCUCGCGCUGGAACGCCCCUAUGAAUGUCAACGCAGAGUCCCAAUGGAUCGUCAAGAGAGUCGAUUCGGACAAGCCAGGCGCAGCGCCACGCAGUCUGCUUCGAGAGGUGGCAAGAGUACACGUCCCUUUUCUCUUCUACCACUACGUCAAGCACAAGUAUGUCAAGAUCCAUUCCAGACUGCCAAAAUUAUUUGAAGCUGCAAUCGUGGAGCGCGACGAGCAGUCGCAGCCGUCAGGCCCAGCUCAAACUCAGAUUCAAGCUCAGGACUCGGUAGUCACGGGAUCCGCCCUCAAAGCCCCCGUGCAGGACGGUACAUAUCAAGCAGACGUCAACGCACCCGGCACUGGAGCAGGACUCGACUCCCAACAAACUUGACAUUCUCGUGUCAGUGCACGACUGAAGACAUCUGGCCACCCAGGGCCCAUUCCCUGCCAUCCGUUCAACAUAGAUCUCGCGGCACGAAUAUACCAGACCCGCCCAUGUCACGCCGCGUUUAUUUUGAAUCUUUCGGCGCAGCGCGAAGCACGCCACGCUCCUUUCCUCCACGUCGUGCAAUUCAUUAACAAAUCAUCA